UCACUGUCAGUCCAUCAAUUACAACACCCAACAGUUUCGAUGUGAGGUCAAUUCCAAAGGGACUGACAUUUUGUUGGAAGGAACGCCGGAUGUUAACAGCAUAUUUGCUUAUUUAGCAAAUGUUUCCAAGGAUUUUUCAACAAACUGCAAGGAUAAAGUCUGUCAACCUCUUCAUAAAUGUGUAGCCAUGAAAAAUACCCAUGUUUGUAUUUCAACAGCUUGUAGGAGAGGAACUUAUGGAAAAGAUGGUCAGUGUCUUCCGUGUCCCAUGGGUCAGUACAACAAUGGCUCCAAGCAAUGGUGUUCUUAUUGCCCUCCUGGAAGUUACAAUGACCAAACGGGGUCAAGUUUUUGUUAUCCUUGUCCUGCUGGUACUUUCAAUAGAUUCUAUGGCCAAACAGUGCCAGAUUCAUGCAAACCUUGCCCUUCGGGAUAUCACCAAUAUACAACAGGACAGGCGGCUUGUAUAUUUUGUUCGUAUGGUACAUAUCAAGAUCUCGAAGGACAAUUCAACUGUAAGGACUGCAACGAUUUCCAUGACUGUGCCAACAGGAGAAGAACAAAUUGCUUCAGUUUGAUAAAACAUGUCGGACGGAUUGGUAUUAACGGACUGAGUUACGGGAAAUACAAUCGACAAGAUUGUAAGGCCAUCUGUCAACUUGACAGGACAUGUAAAGGAUUCUCCUUAGUAGACGGUGUCACUA